UCACUAACAAUUAGUCGGUAUCUAUUACCUCCUGACCGAGAUGCACAGAUUUUCCCGACAAUUUUAGUUAAAAUUUGGAACAAGAAGUUUGAUGGUUUUAUAGUUCUGCUGCACGUAUGCGGGUUGAUCUAUAUGUUCGUGGCGUUGGCCAUCGUUUGCGACGAGUUCUUCGUGCCGUCUCUGGCCGUGCUCACCGAGAAGCUGUCGAUCUCGGAUGACGUUGCUGGCGCGACGUUCAUGGCAGCAGGAGGAUCCGCUCCUGAGUUCUUCACAUCUGUCAUUGGCGUCUUCAUCGCGCAGAACAACGUCGGCAUUGGCACCAUCGUCGGUAGUGCCACCUUCAACAUUCUCUGCGUACUGGCCUGUUGUACGUUAUUCUCGAAAACGGUUCUCCAGUUGACGUGGUGGCCCCUGUUCAGGGACGUGACCAUAUACAUAAUUGCAUUGCUGAUGCUGGUCGAGUUCUUCAUGGAUGAGAAGAUCACAUACCUGGAGGCGCUGUCACUCUUCACUGUGUACCUGCUCUAUUGCACGAUAAUGAAGUUCAACGUGGGUUUGGAGAAAUGGGUGAAGACAACUCUGCUCAACACGAAACUUGGCGAAGAGGAACCCGAGAGUACCACGAUCAGCACUCCGAUGACUAUUAGGAUAAACGGAAACAACGUACUAGAAUUAAAUAUUUUUAUCUUACAGUUUAGGAGGUCAUCUUUGAAUCGCCGUCAGUCGAUUCCGAUUCUGCACUCGGGGACGAUGUUCCGCACCGGAAUAAUGCAGCUGAUGCAUCAAACACUUGAUGAAGUGCCUGAAGGUGAAAAAGUUCCUGUAAUUCGUUGCUCAGUGGAAAAUAUCCAUCACAUUUUUCAGGAAACUGAUCUCACCGUUCCAGUCCAAUCCGAACGACGGAUAUCUCAAAUUGAAGAAAUUAAAUCGUUGUUGGAAGAAGAAGAAGACCAACCAUUAAACAUGGAAUGGCCGGAUAAGUUUAUAAAGCAGAUCACUUAUGUAUGCCUUGCGCCCGUUUUAAUCCCCAUGUGGGUCACUAUUCCUGAUGUGCGAAAGCCGACGAGUCGCAAAUGGUAUCCAGUAACAUUCGUCAUCUCAGUCCUAUGGAUUGCGUUCUUCUCGUAUUUGAUGGUGUGGUGGGCGAACACCAUCGGCGAGACACUCAUCAUCCCAACAGAAGUGAGUGGAAGAGCUGCGACACCAGCCAUGAUCGAAACCACUAGUGAUUUCAUUCCUGCAGGGGUUCACAAUUUUCUUGGGAGAAAUUGGAUACGCCAUGCAUUCGACUUCAUUAAGCAUCGUUUGGAGGUGAUUGAAUGCAUAUCUGGCCUUUACAAUGACUCGCGGUGGACUACCGAUGUA